AUGCCCGGCGCCUCGGCGUCCACGACGGCGCAAUACGCGGGCAUAGGCGUCUUCGUCGCCAUCGUCCUUUACGUCCUCCUCGACUUCACCCGCCGCUUUUUCAACUCGGUCUUCCUGACGCGCCGGCACGACGCCAACGCUGAUGCUGUCGCGGCAGGCACUGGCGCCGGAGAUGCUGUCGCCGGGCCCGCGCGGCCGCGCCUGGUGCAGGCGCUCGGUCUCCGCCCCGACGACGUCGCCGUGCUGCCGACGUUCACGUACCGCGCAGCGGCGUCGCUGGACAGCCGUCGCGAUGCGAAGGGCGCCGCCUCGGCCGUGGCGGCGGCGGACUGCUGCUCGGUCUGCCUCGACGAGCUCCGCGAGGGCGCGCUGGUGCGCAUGCUGCCGUCGUGCAAGCACUACUUCCACGCGGAGUGCGUCGACGUGUGGCUGCUGUCGCACGCCACGUGCCCGGUGCGCCGGGGGAGCCCGGGCCCGGAGAAAGUCCGCCUGGGCGUGGCGUCGCUGUCGCCACCGCUCCCGCAGCUGCGCCGGUUCGGGGCGGUGUCGGUGCCGGUGUCGCCCGAGGGAGGCGAGACGUCGGGAUCGGGAGCCAAGCACACCGUCUCAUCCAGGUCACCGUCUCCAGUCAGGUCCCCCACCAUGCAUUUUGAACUUAUGGUUGCUAAUUUGGCAAUGUCACCAUCGCUGACUCGGUCAAGAACGCCGGACAGCCGAAUGUGCAGGACAAGAACACCUUCUCCGGCAACGUUGGAGUCGCACGACGUCGGAGUGUAG